CUGCGUCAUGCAUUGUUCAGCUGCGGGAAGUUUCUCUUACGUCACUAUCCCACGCUUCUCCAAUGGAGCUAGACAGUCGCACAGAAUUCAGCCGUACGGAGAAAAUUCGCUGACACAAGGGAGAGAGACGUACGGCGGCUCCUAUAACAGCGGAUACCGCGGCCCUCCUUACAAGCAACCGCAUCAGUCAUUCGGGUUUCAGUCGUUGCGUCACGGCCCUACUCACUAUCUGAGAUUACCGGAGCCCCACUAUCCAGUACACUAUGCUGCCCAGCCCCGACACCAGCUGACGUUUGACGACGAUAUAACUACAUUCACGAACAGCCAGGCAGCUCUCAUAGCCGCCCUACGAGCAGAGAAGGCAGCAAUAGGGAUUCUGUUGGCCAGCAAUCCCCUCGCAGAUGGAAUCACUCCGAUCACAACAAUGAGCUGCGAGAGCGAUUCGGCGGCGAUCACCGUCACGUGUGGUAUGACGCGGAUAUCUGCGAUCACGGUGACGUACGGUUACGAUGGUCCGAAUAACGACGGCACCACGUGCGGUAAUGACCCCGUGGGUAUGGACCUCUCCACUUGCACGGUCACUGACGUUACGUCUACCUUUAGUCCUGGUUGUGUAGGGUCGACUAGCUGCGUUUUAGACAUUUCCGACACCACCAUUGGGACUGAUCCAUGUCCAAAUGGUAACUCAAUCGGGCGUAUAACCUAUACGUGUUCCAUACUAACAGACAGCCAGAUAGUAUUCUUUGAGGCCCAGUACGCUCUCAUCUGCUCGCAACUGGACGCGAUCGAGACAACAUCGGCGAACGUAGCCACCGUUUUCAAUGCUAUAUUCAGUGACUUGACAUCAUGGAGCAAGUAUUUAGUAUUCAAACCCAAAUACAGCCGUCACAACGGAUACGGGAAACGUUAGUUAAAGUAAAUUGCAUUGUGUAUAUAUCGAUUGCGCGGCAUGGGCAUCAAUACAGCGAGUCUACCGAAAUUGUGUGUCAUUUACACGAAAUGUAACGAAUUUUAUCGCUAAAUUUUUAGCGAAAAUUGAUUCAAACGUGUUGAAGAGAUGUUUCGCAAAAAUAAAUGCGAAAUUUAUAAGCUUACGUGUAUAGAAACACGUUUCC